GACCAAACUAUUUGUGGGCCCAAAAAGAAGAAGAAAAAAAAAACAAUAUAUAUGAAUAUCAUAUUUGAGCAAAAGAUAAUGCAAAUAUGAUGAGAGGUCCAAAACACCUUGUACUGUGUGCAUAUUCCAGUAUUGAAUCUCUUACUCUGUUUUACUACUUCCUCAACAACAACAAAUUAUGAUUUCACUUAAAGCAAUACAAACCUCAUUUACUACCAGCCAUGGACCUUUUCCAGAGAGAGAAACUUUUAGGAAGAGGAGGUUCUUCCUCGCUCUCUGCAAAUCCAACACGUCGUCAGAUAAUUCAGAUGAAGAAACUCCACCACCACCACCUCAAGGAGAUAGCCGUAAGCAGGAACUUCUUGUGAAGAUUGCUAUGCUUCAAACACAAAAAGUUCGUCUCACCGGUUACUUGGAUGAACGAUCAGCGUAUCUUACCCAAUUCGCCGAAGAAGCCAAUGCUGAAAUGGACCAGAUUGGAGAGAAUGCACUCAAAGAAUUGGAUGAAGCUGGAGCUAGGAUAAUGGAGAACAUAGAGAGUAAAAUGCAAGCAUUUGAGGAGUCUGUGGAGUUGAAUAAAUCGGAGAUUGAAGAGAGUGAGAAAGUGGUUGCGGACUUUGAAGGACAAAUUGAGGACGACAGAAACGAAGGGCUGUUUUUCAAGAACCUGAGGGAGAAAAAGCCGGUGGACAAGGCAAUAGCUAUGGAAGAGGCAAUGAAAAUCACGGAGCUGACUAGGAAAACUGCUGGUUCGAUAAUCAGAAAGAACAUUUACCUUGCGCUGAUUGUCUUGGUGGGUAUCGGAAUUGCUGAUGCGUCACUUUCUUCAGCGUUCGACUGGAAGAAGGUUGCAGUUCUUGGGGUUAUUCUGGUGGGUUUGCUCUCUCAACUCAUCUAUGAACAGAGUAUGUUAGCAAAAACAGACAAAGUAGAACAAGAGAAAAGCGAAGAAUCUAAGUAGCGAGGUGUUCGUUUCUCUGGUGAUUCGUUUUACAAACAAGUUGUUCAUAGCUGUCUACCGAAGUUGGCAUAAAUUAAACACGUAUACGUUAGAGGAAAACAGAUGAGUUAGGUUAUAAAUGUGUGCACAUUCAAAUGUAGCAUGAGUUAUAACUCCAGAUAAAAUACUAAUAUCUGGGGCUGAUAUAUCACGCCAACCUUUAUGUUGCAUCA